GUUAUGGAGCGAAGCCUAAUCGGAUCACGUCUGUUGCAUGCUGCUGCAUAGUUUUCAGAAUAAAAAAAAAAUCAACUGUGCUUCUGGAAAAAACAGGAGAGAGCGCAGAGCGCGCGACGAGGCGCAACGAGCAGAGUUUCGGUGUUUUGAAAGGAUCAGAUAACCGAUAACCGCUGAGUUCGGGGGAGGACCAGGUGUGUUUUCCCGUUUCUAAGGACUGCCUUGCUGAUGUCACCAUGGAGGAGUGCUGGCGAGUAGGACAGGUGCGCAGGGUGAAGUUACCUCAGUGGGUUCGCAUUAGGAACUGUCAGUGACAGAGGAGUUUUUCAGCAGCUGAUGAACCUCGUAUAAACCCUUUUUUUCACGUUUUCCUGUAUUUUAUUUUAUUUUUUAAAAUAAACUAUUUCCGUCAGUGUUGUCAAAUGUGCUGGCGUUUCCUGAAGUCCAGAGUGGGAUAUAUGCUAUUUUUCCCACGCUUUUCUGACAGGCACUGGUGCGCGCAAACUGCUGGACUCACCGGUUCCGUCCUGCUCUGUAACAAAUAUCGGGGUGUAACAGUGCAGGGGAAGCUACUGUUGGUUAUUAACCGCACAUUGCUGUGAACUGGGGUGUGGGAUCGAGACGCCCCAGCAUCAGAAUCAGCACUUUCCGCUUCAAUGCGACACUGACGCAGCUGGUCUCACAUUCCAGUCGCGGACAGGUGAUGCUCGGAUAAGUCAAUGGAAGGAUAUUUGAUUCUCAGGAGCAGCUGAGCAAAAAACAAGCAAGCAAACAAAAAAACAAGAGUUGUUUUCCUCGAGAUGGAAUACAGCACAAGGCAGCAGCAUCAUUAACUUCUCUAAUCGGGCAAUGAUUUUUCCGUGCGUCAUUGCGUCUUAGGUUUUGAAGCGGUUGUUGCUUUGAAGGACAAUCGUUCUUGGACUUCCCCAUAGGUUUUCAACAUCUACCAACAAUGUCCAAGACACUGAAAAAGAAGAAGCACUGGUCAAGUAAAGUGCAGGAGUGCACCGUCUCGUGGGGAGGUUCCGGGGAGCUGGUCACUGUAGCGGAGGUGCGAGGUGGCGCUGAGCUGGGAGAGUUCCCCUAUCUUGGACACAUAGUGUCGGAGGCGUUGGUGUGUCACGCCGGGAGGCUUCCCAGCAGUGGGGACGUUCUGCUGGAGGUUAAUGGCACUCCCGUGAGCGGACUCACAAACCGAGACACGCUGGCUGUCAUCCGCCACUUUCGGGAGCCAGUCCGCCUGAAGACUGUGAAACCAGGUAAAGUGUUGAAUACUGAUUUGCGUCACUACCUCAGUCUGCAGUUUCAGAAGGGCUCCCUGGACCAUAAGCUCCAGCAGGUGAUUAGGGACAACCUGUACCUGCGUACCAUUCCCUGUACUACUCGGCAGCCUCGAGAAGGGGAGGUUCCGGGAGUGGACUACAAUUUUAUCAGUGUGGCGGAGUUUCGUGAACUGGAAGAAAGUGGACUGCUGCUGGAGAGUGGCACCUACGAUGGCAACUAUUAUGGGACCCCUAAGCCCCCUGCGGAGCCGAGCCCUGUACAGCCAGACCUGGUGGACCAGGUUCUGUUUGAUGAGGAAUUUGACACGGAGGUCCAAAGAAAACGCACAACCUCUGUCAGUAAGAUGGACAGAAAGGACAGCGCUGCUCCAGAGGAGGAAGAGGAAGAAGAGAGGCCUCCUUUGGUCAACGGACUGACCGAGCACAAGGACAAAGCAGAGUGGAGGAAGACAGUGCCCAGCUACAACCAGUCAGCUGGGGCCAUGGACUUGCGUAUAUGGAACACAGAGGAUGAAAGUCAGGAGCCCUUGCCUAAAAACUGGGAGAUGGCCUACACAGAAACCGGCAUGGUCUAUUUCAUCGAUCAUAACAGCAAGACCACCACCUGGCUGGACCCACGUCUUGCCAAGAAAGCCAAGCCACCUGAGAAAUGCGACGAAGGAGAGUUGCCUUAUGGCUGGGAGAAGAUUGAGGAUCCACAAUUUGGCACAUACUACGUAGACCACAUCAACCAGAAGACCCAGUUUGAAAAUCCAGUAAUGGAAGCUAAGAGAAAACUAAGUGUGGACACGCCCAUUGCAGCACCUCCACAAGCUGCUACGCCCUCAGGUUCCACAGCAGAGGAGCCUGGCAGGGGAAUGCGGGGGUUUACUCGAGAUCCGACUCAGUUACAGGGCAACAUACUUAAGACAGCACUUAGAAAAAGCCCCCAGGGCUUUGGAUUCACCAUUAUUGGCGGAGACCGACCUGACGAGUUCCUCCAGGUCAAAAACGUCCUGCCAGAUGGGCCUGCAGCACAUGACAAGAAGAUCGCCUCAGGUGAUGUAAUUGUGGACAUUAAUGGGGCAUGCGUGCUGGGAAAGACUCAUGCUGAUGUCGUGCAGAUGUUCCAAUCUAUCCCAGUCAAUCAGUAUGUGGACAUGAUCCUGUGUCGGGGCUACCCUCUGCCAGAGGACACCAGCAAUAGCGAGGAGGCAUCGAGCAACCUCAGUGCCUCUAAGGACACUUCUCCUUCCCCUUCGACACCACAAGACCUCAAUUAUACCAACGAUGGAGCGACCCUUUCUCGGCAGACUGCGUCAGUGCCACCUAUGACCAACGGAGGUCGCCACCACCAUCCUCAUCCCCAUCAACACCACCACCUUCCACAUGCCCUUAAUCAAGAAGGGCCUGACCCUACUCUAUUACAGCCGGAGCUGGUGAGUGUGCCCUUGGUGAAAGGCCCGGGAGGUUUUGGCUUUGCUAUAGCGGAUUGCCCCCUGGGACAAAAGGUAAAGAUGAUCCUGGACGCCCAGUGGUGCCGCGGCUUGUUGAAAGGUGAUGUUAUCAAGGAGAUCAACAGACAGAAUGUCCAAACUUUGAGCCACUCGCAGGUGGUCGACAUCCUCAAAGACCUGCCUGUGGGCAGUGAGGUCAACGUGCUGGUGCUUAGAGGAGGUCAGACGUCUCCAGUGAAGUCUCUGAAACCAUGCACAGGUCCCAUGUCUCACGGAGCAGCCCAGCCUACUUCACACCAGGCACCUCAUUCGGUGCCCCAACAAAUGGUCCAUCCGUUCCCUCAGCCCACGAUGCAGCAGCAGAGGCAGGAGAUGAUCAGCAGCACAGAGACCCUAAGUCAGCCUGAGGCAUCCCCCAAUGCAUCAACGUUCUCCUCCAGCACCCUGCGCUCAGCUUCACCCAAACCAGAUGCAUCUGAGCUCUACCUCAAGUCCAAGGCCAUUCUUGACAGCAAGCCUCCCAAUACAAAGGACCUGGAUGUAUUCAUCAAAAGGAAUCAGGAAUCAGGCUUUGGCUUUAGAGUCCUUGGGGGCGAGGGACCAGAUCAGCCAGUAUAUAUUGGUGCCAUUGUGCCACUCGGUGCAGCAGAGAAGGACGGGCGCUUGCGGGCAGGGGAUGAGCUACUUUGUAUAGAUGGCGUGCCAGUCAAGGGCAAAUCCCACAAACAAGUGCUGGAGCUGAUGACCAAUGCUGCUCGUAAUGGCCAAGUCAUGCUUACAGUCCGCAGGAAACUAGCAUACACAGAUGGUGGAGGAGAAGAUGACAACAACCAGCAGCCGCAGCAGGUUGCAUCUGCUUUGGUCAACAGCUCUCCCAAGAUGCCUCCCUCUUCCUCUCCGCUUAAUCACCAACAUGCCUUGGGUCACACUAGGCUCAGAUAUGAGCUGAAGCUCUCAGCUCGGAAUGGUGACUCCGAGGCUAAGAAUCAUCUUUCACCAAGAGAUGGGACAGGAACUCUCAUUCCAUCGGGCCCUAAGCAGGGCUGCUUUGUGGUGGAGCUGGAACGCAGCCAGAGAGGCUUCGGCUUCAGCCUGAGAGGAGGGAAAGAGUAUAACAUGGGGCUGUUCAUUCUUCGACUGGCCGAGGAGGGACCCGCUCUUAAAGAUGGCAGGAUACACGUUGGAGAUCAAAUAGUGGAGAUCAAUGGCGAGGCCACACAGGGCAUUACACACACUCGGGCAAUUGAGCUGAUCCAAGCAGGAGGCAAUAAAGUUCAUCUACUUCUCCGACCUGGCCAGGGCUUGGUCCCGGAUCACAGUUCAAAGGACAAAGUAACCAUUCCAACCUCAAGCUUUCCCAGAUUCUCUGUAUCUGACGGGCAGUCAUCUCCAGCUUCUCCAUCCUCUGUCUCCCUCUCUACCUCUGAACUUUCCCCAUCCUCACCCAAAAUAUCUGCCCCUGAUGAGUUCCCUGGGGGUGACGGCAUAGAACGUGGGUCCCCUGGUGCUGCGAGGGAGCAUGGUAGGCAGGCUAACAAACCAAGAGGACAGCAGAUCUCUGACCCUAACCAUAAGCGCACCACCAGCCCAAGCACCCAGACCAAUAAAACAAGCAGGAGCGACUCCGCAAGUGGUAGCCCCAAAAGAGCCACUGAAGGCCAAAGGGAGCACGUAGAUCGCUCCCAGAGCCCUCGAAAAACAGACCAAGGCCACAGCGGAUCCCUGGAGGACAUGAGCAAGGACAGAAAAGCCCAGGGACAGAGAGGCUCCAAGUGGGAACGUGACCCUGCCGUGCCUUUGAGCAACCUGGAGGAGCCUCACAGCCCCAGGCGCCCAGCUGGCCAAAAGCCCAAUAUUGCCUCUGGAGAAGAGAAGGACCUGAGGUACAAACAGACUGAUUCAGCUUACUGGCAGGAAAGAGGAGCUACAGAGAGUGGAGACAAAACCUGGGGAACCACUGAUUACUACAGAAAGGCAAAGAGGGCUGAGCAAGAGGCACUGGCCCAAAAAUCCAACUCCCAAGCAUACAGGGAGAGGGUGGGGUCAGACGCUGAUGGUGGCACACUGAGCCGAAAGACCGGAAGAGACAAACGGGACAAGGAGCAUCGAGAUGGCAAGUACCACGGUUCAACUGAAGAAGUGAAUAAAAAGGACCCACGAGGUUCAAACAGUAGCAUCCCAGACCCCAGCUGCAAUGGGAACACUACCAGCAAGAAGGGUCCCAUCACCCCGGGCCCGUGGAAAGUUCCCAGUUCUGCCAAGAUCCAGUCCCGAGUGGACACCACAUAUGCAGAUAUCUGAAACCCUGCCAGGACUCUGCAUAUAUAAAGAAAAAGCUGAGCCACAAACAUGAAUUCAGAAUUGAAGGAUUAUUUUUUUUCAGACAUGUCUGACAUAGCAGAUCACUGUGCGACCAGCAACAUAGCUUCUCAUUGCUCCUGAUUAUUAUUUUUUCCUCCAACCAGUUUGCCUACAUCAGUUUGCAUCAAGCUGCUGAUAUCUGAUCCGACACACGUUGUACCUACAUGAGAAUUUGUACUGUAUAAUGAUGUGUAAGCAUGUGUGUAACACAUGGAUUCUGAGUGUGGUAUUUGGAAGUAACAAUGACGUCUAUUUUGUGCCAAUCAGAGACUCCGGUAAUAUAAAGAAGCUGCUCCUAAUUGCACUCACUGUGAGACUGUUUGUGGGGUUUUUGGGAUAAACUGCUCUCCUCCCCACCACGAUGAAGGAUCCAGAUUUUUUUUGUUUGUUUGUUUUGGGUUUUUUUUAUUACGUGUGUCACGUUUGAAGGUUUAAAGGCAUACACAUGCACUCACAGCUUUUCUUCCAGGUGAGACUAACUCACUGUUGCUGUCACAAAUGGAUGUUUUCAAAACGGAGACUUGUGAUUUUCUCUGAUUGCCGUCUUAAAAGCGAAACUGUCUCGUAAGUCCUUUAUGGUUUGUUUUUUGAGACCGACUAGAGUCGUGAAUCGUCUGCGUGACUGCAUUCAUACACGCGAAGACAUGAAUCCCCUUAGCAUAUCAGAGAACGGAAAGACUACCCUGGAGCUUUAUAUGCAUAAAUCAGCAGACCAGAUACUUGUGGUUAUAGUUCUAAUGUUUGUUAUAUGUGUGUUAAUGAAAAUAAAGCAUAAUGUAAUUUAUUGAAAUUAAAUGUACACAGAACAGUUAGUACACAUAAUUUCACUUUUCACGUGGAAAUGGAACGUGUAGAUAAGCAUCUCCAUCUAAAAGAAUACAUUCAAAGACUGCAGUUUAUGCAUCUAAUUUCAUUCAAGCCUGAUUCAUAAAGUUGCUGACUGUUCACAGCUCUGUAUUUUAGGUCCUCUGCCUGCGUGUACGUAUACAAGCUGACUUGUAGGCCUGUGUAUUUUAAAUAUCACUGUAGCAUCGACUAUACUGAAAAUGAAACAUAUCUCAUUUAACAAAGUGGUUACACAUAUAUCGACUCAUAUUAUACAUGAAUUGAAUUAACAGAGGCUGACUGUAAGAAGUGAGACAUCUGGCUUUUAACUUACUAAAAACAUUAGAAGAUAUGUGUUUUUGUUAACCAUAAAUAUAGGCACAAAAACAGAUGGUUCCAACACAAAUAUCUAUUUUUGAUCAUUAUUUUGAGUACAGGACCCCCAUGAUUUAAGUAGUAUAGUAUUAAUAUUAUGCUCCAUUAUAGCCAGAUGCCUGAAGAAUUCACCAAAUGUCACCUUUUGGUGAUUGAACAUAUAGUGCAUGAAAUUGGCAGUACUAUUUCUUUAGGAGUCUGGCUUGAAAUUACAAUCAAGGUUUGUCAACUUUAUUUUUUUUUAAGAAAUUCAGUGUAAUAAAAAAGUUAUUGGGAUAUGUUGCCCUGCUCUAAAAUGAAAAUGUAGCAUCGUUCCAAUGUUUCUCCUGUGGAGUAGAGACACCUAGUGGUUUAUACACUGCUGUUCACAAGCAAAUUAUUGCUUGAACCCAACCCAUAAGGAUGUGAAGCAGUAAUACAUGCAUCUGUGGGUCUGUAAGACCACUGCUUAAUUUAUUGUCCACUUUAUUGUGACUAUGAUGCGAUACUGUAUUAAUUACUGUUCAUGCCAUUACCAUGUAUGAUACUGUGGCCUUGUAUUGCUCCAACAUAUAUACAUAUAUAUAUAAAUAUAUAAAAAAAAAACUUUUAGUUUUACAUCAUGGUAGUUGUAAAUGUUUAUAAAUUGUACAGCACCUGUAUAAAUAUUUGCCUUCAUGCAGGAAAAAAAAUCCUCUCUAAAUUGUUUCAUUAUUUUUUUAAGGGAAGGGAACUGAGAGGAAAUGCUAUAAAGUGGUUCAAAAGAAAUAAUAAUAAUCUGGUCAUGGCAUUUUGUUCAUGCACUGAUAAAUAAAGGUUUACUGAUUCAA